GGGGACGCGGCGCCGCCAUCUUGGAGCGGGGCCGGGGCCGGGGCGGAGGAGAGCGGCCGGGGAUGGUGCCGUGACAGCGCCGUGACUCCGCGCGGGGGUCCAGGCCGCCCUGCCUGGAUGCGGGGUCAGCGGCCGAGCCCACCCCCGUCCGCGCGGUGACGGGAGCCGGGCUCGCCUCCCCCUCGCCGAGCGGUGAGGGCUGCGGGGGGGGCCCGUGUCCCCUCGCCCCCGGCCUGCGGGGCCCCUUUGUUUCCCUGCUGCGGAGGGGAAGGAGGCGAAGGGAAGGGAAGAUGAGCAGCGAGGCGCUGUGGCUCUUCAAGCAGCUGAACCUCCAUCUGGAGCUGGAGGGGCGGUUCCAGCCCCGCGAGAAGGGACUCAGCCUCAUCGAGGGCGCCGCCGAGAAUGAGAACACUCUGUGUCCAAGACAAAGGAAUGCCAAGGUGGAAGAUCUUUGGAGUCUGACCAACUUCUUUGGCUUUGCAACUGAAACGUUUGUUUUGGCUGUCAACAUUCUGGACAGAUUCUUGGCUCUUAUGAAGGUGAAACCAAAGCAUUUGUCUUGCAUUGGAGUUUGCUGCAUGCAGCUGGCCGCCCGUGUGGUGGAGGAGGAAUGCAAUGUGCCAUCUGCUCACGAGAUCAUCCGGAUCAGCCAAUGUAAAUGCACUGUGUCCGACCUGAAACGGAUGGAAAAGAUCAUUUCAGAAAAGUUGCACUUUGAAUUUAAAGCUACUACUGCCUUAACCUUCUUGCACUUGUACCAUACUAUUGUACUCUGUCAUACCUCAGAAAGGAAAGAAGUGUUGAAUCUGGACAAGUUGGAAGCACAGCUAAAAGCUUGCAACUGCCGUCUAGUGUUCUCUAAAGCAAAACCAUCUGUCCUGGCCUUGUGCCUUCUCACUCUGGAAGUUCAGACGCUGAAAUCUGUUGAGCUGCUGGAGAUCCUUCUGCGUGUUCAAAAGCAUUCAAAGAUAAGUGAUAGUGAACUUCUUUACUGGAGGGAGCUGGUCUCUAAAUGCCUGGCAGAUUAUUCUUCUCCUGAAUGCUGCAAGCCUGAUCACAAAAAACUGGUUUGGAUUGUUUCGAGGCGUACAGCCCAAAACCUGCAAAACAGUUACUACAGUGUUCCCGAGCUGCCCACGAUCCCGGAGGGGGGAUGCUUCAAUGGAAGUGAGAGUGAAGACUCCUGUGAAGACAUGAGCAGCGGGGAAGAAAGCCUUAGCAGUUCUCCUCCGAGUGAUCUGGAAGGCACCUUCUUCUUUGAACUCAAACCUAAACCCAAGUGGCAAACUCUCAGCUGUCGCUCUUAGCACCGAGCCUGGAUUGUGUUUGGCUCAGGUGUUGAAUGCACCGUAGAGUCUUUUGGCAAUAAUAAAUGAGGUGGUGAUCUGUAAACUGUAUUAAGGCAAAACUUGCUGUGGUAUAUCAAUGCUUUCAAUGCCUGCCUUGGUUUUUUUGUUGUUGUAAUUUUAAGGAAUUAAAAAAAAAAUUCUUUCAGGUCCCCAGAGCAGCAAAAAAAGAAAAAAAAAGUUGUUGUACGGUUCUGUUGUCAACAGCCAUGAAUGUAGUUCUGUACCUGGUGGUCCAAAACCCUCAGCAGCUCAACACCUGAGCUGAUUUCAGGGUCUUGCCUGAGAAGCAUGGAGCAGGAGUGAGAAGUUUUCCUGAAGAUUAAAUGGGAAGCGCUUGGUUCAUGGAAGAAACUUGCUCCAUGCGUUCAGUCAAGCAAGGGAGGGGCCCAAGAGGAGCUGUGCAGUUGUUGUCCUGGGAUGUUCUCAGGACUCCACAUGACAGAAUCCCAAGCUUGGCUUGAUUUCGGUGUUGACCCUGCUUGGAGCAGGAGGUUGGACUGCAGUCCCUCUCGAGGGCACCUCCACUCCUCCUGGGAGUGGUGCUCCUCUGGGGUUAGAUCCCGGUGGCUGUGUGGGUUACAUGGAGCACGUGUGUGUGUACAUUGUGCCAGGCUGGAAUGAUUGGCUCUCCGAUGGGCCCAACACUGAAACUGCUUUUCCUUUUCAGCAGGGUCUUGAGUUGUGUACUCCAAGUAGCAAUUUUGGAAGCUUGGCUUUUAUAAACUUCAGGGAUCCCUAUUUCACACCAGGAGUAUGUGUGGUAAGCAGGAAGUUUCUAGUCAAUAUAGUUUUCACUUUGAGAUAGUAUAGGUUGUGUGCCCAGGAGUAAUUCCAUCUUUUCUUUAGUACAGAUGUUUUUACACUGAAAUUCACGUUGUACACUUCAGUGUGUUUCAAAUCUUAACAUGUCAAUCCAUGCUAUUAGCUUAGACUUCUUAACUUGGUAAACCUUGCUAGGUCUACAUUCCUUUGAAUAUUUAACCCUUGUAGUUGUUUUUCAGUAUAUUCAUGUUAUUGAUUGAGUCAUAAUCAGACUUGUUUGCAUGCUGAUGUGAAGCAGUUAGUGCAGGAGAAGUUGAAAUUACGCAGUAAAAUAUCAGGUAAAUGUGAUGGUGAAGUAGUUAAUGUAAUGGUUUUUCUUCUGAACUUCGUUAUCAAAGCACAAAUUCCAGUCUAAUUGUGUUUCUCCCUGGUGAGGACAUGGCUAAAGCAGACUAAAGUAGCUCAGAGUAACGGUGUGAGGUGUGGUGGUGCCAAAGUAGAAAUGAAGGAGCAAACAAGCUAAAAGCUGUUUCCUAGGUGCCAGCGUUGCUUUAGAAAGGUAAGAGUGAUGCUGUAAGUCCAUAACUGUUAUGUGGUUUCAGUUUUCUAAAAACACACAAAAGUUUACAAAAAGUGUAUAUGAAAAUGUAAAUUAAAAAAAAAUGUACAGAAAAAAAUUUAAAACAAAAAAAAGAGCAGAAAAUACUGUAUUUUUUUACAUUGUAUGUAACUUUUUGUAGGUCUGUGGCAUGUAGAUAGUAAUUUAUUGUGUACUCUGUAUGAUACAAAUACUGUACCUCUGAAGACUUCUUGCUGCAAGUCUCUGCUCACUUCAGGAGCGCUUGGGUGAGGAACCUACUGAGUCUUGUUUCAGUUGAGAACAAAAAUAAACCAAGUGCUGUAUUUGUUA